AUGGGACAUCUAAUCACGUUGGCAACUUGUUCACUUAAUCAAUGGGCACUUGAUUUUGAAGGCAAUCUUAAACGUAUUUUAGAAAGUAUUCGCGUUGCUAAGGAAAGAGGAGCCAAGUUACGUGUAGGCCCUGAACUUGAAGUGACUGGUUACGGUUGUCAAGAUCACUUUUUAGAAGGUGACACAUAUUUACACUCUUGGGAAGUUCUUGCCGAAAUCCUUAAAAGUGAAGAAGCAAAAGAUAUGAUUCUUGAUAUUGGCAUGCCUGUCAUGCAUAAAUCUGUAAAAUACAACUGUCGUGUCAUUAUUGCUGAUGGCAAAAUUGUCUUGAUUCGUCCCAAGAUUUAUUUAGCUAAUGAUGGCAAUUACCGUGAAAUGCGAUUCUUUACUCCUUGGACACCUAGAAAAGUUGAACAGUAUUUUUUGCCUCGUAUGAUCUCAAAAAUAACAAAACAGGUUUUGGUUCCUAUUGGUGAUUGUGUUAUUAGUACUUUAGAUACAUGUAUAGGCUGUGAAACAUGUGAAGAAUUGUUUACACCUGCAAGUCCUCAUAUCAGUAUGGGAUUAGAUGGCGUUGAAAUCUUUACAAACAGUAGUGGAAGUCAUCAUGAAUUACGCAAAUUAAAUACUCGUAUUGAUCUCAUCAAGGCAGCCACAGCUAAAGUAGGUGGUAUCUAUCUUUAUGCAAAUCAACAAGGCUGUGAUGGUGAUCGUCUUUAUUAUGAUGGCUGUGCCAUGGUUGUCAUGAAUGGCGAAGUCAUUGCUCAGGGAUCUCAAUUCUCUUUAAAGGAUGUGGAAGUGAUUACUGCAACCGUUGAUCUCGAGGAUAUCCGUUCAUAUCGAGCACGUGUAGCCAGUCGUGGAAUGCAAGCACAAGCGACCCCUGCUUAUCAACGUGAAGAAGUGAACAUCGCCUUGAGUCAUAGUCAUAUCAAUGAUAACAUUCAUAUCCGACCCACCAAGCCUCAGAGACCCUUUUAUCAUCUUCCUGAAGAAGAGAUUGCGUUGGGACCUGCUUGCUGGCUAUGGGAUUACUUGCGUCGAUCCAAAACUGCGGGUUACUUUUUACCCUUAAGUGGCGGUAUUGACAGUUGUGCUACUGCCGUUAUCGUUGCCUCUAUGUGUCGUUUAGUGGUCAAAGAAUGUCAAGCAGGCAAUCCUCAAGUCUUGGAAGAUGUGCGUCGUUUAGCAGGCGGAGAUGCAAGUUACACUCCUAAUGAUCCACGUGAAUUUGCUAAUCGUAUCUUCUAUACUUGUUAUAUGGGAACAGAGAAUUCAAGUAGCGAGACACGCAAACGUGCAAAGGAUUUAGCUAAAGUCAUCGGCAGUUAUCACACAGAUCUCAACAUGGAUAGUGUCGUUAAGUCAAUUCAUGGUUUGUUUACGUUAGUCACAGGCAAGAUGCCCAAGUACAGAGUCCAUGGUGGUUCUGACACAGAAAACUUGGCUCUUCAAAAUAUCCAAGCACGUUUACGUAUGUUGCUUGCUUAUCUAUUUGCUCAACUUUUGCCAUGGUGUCGUUCUAUCAAGGGAGGUCUGUUAGUCCUGGGUAGUGCCAACGUUGACGAAAGUCUUCGUGGCUAUCUUACUAAAUAUGACUGCAGCAGUGCAGAUGUAAACCCUAUUGGUGCUAUCUCCAAACAGGAUCUUAAACGCUUCAUUGCUUAUGCUCAACAUACCUUUGAUAUGCCUAUCCUUGGUGAUUUCCUAUCUGCUGUUCCUACUGCUGAGUUAGAGCCCAUUACAGAGACUUAUGUACAGUCUGAUGAGGCCGAUAUGGGCAUGACUUACGAUGAUCUCUCACGCUAUGGACGUCUUCGUAAGAUUGAUCGUUGUGGUCCUUAUUCGAUGUUUUCAAAACUAGUUCAUGAAUGGGGUGAUGAUAUGAAACCUACUGAAGUAGCAACAAAGGUCAAACGUUUCUUCUUUUAUUAUUCUAUUAAUCGACACAAGAUGACAACUAUCACGCCUUCAUACCAUGCUGAGGCUUAUAGCCCUGAUGAUAAUCGUUUUGAUUUAAGACCCUUUUUAUAUAAUGCUUCCUGGAAGUGGCAAUUUGAUAAAGUAGAUCGACUUGCUGAAGAGUUGGAACGACAAGCUAGUGAAAAUCAAUUGAAUAGUCAAGUUGAUUAAAAUAAACUUUAUGCAGUUCUCUCUUUU